UCAAGGAAACAACUUGACGGUCAUCUUCGAGACGGACUUCGAGGACAUGGGGAAGCUUCGGAUCUUGCAGCUGCAGGACAACCAGAUCCACACUGUGGAGCGCGGCGCCUUCCAGGACCUGAUGGCGCUCGAGCGGCUGCGGCUGAACAACAACCGACUGCGGCACAUACCGGACAUGCUCUUCGGGAACAUGCCCAACCUGCUGCGCCUGGACCUCAGCCACAAUCAGCUGGAGAUUAUCGGACGGAAAACACUGAGAGGCAUCCCUGCGCUAAAGACACUGCACCUGGACAACAACAGGCUGACUUGCUUGGACGAGACGGCUAUCCGUGGUUUCAGCGAGCUCGAGAUGCUGACGCUGCACAGCAACAACCUCACGUCGCUGAGUGCGGCGCUGGGUGAGCUGUCGCGGCUGCGCACGCUGCGACUGGCGGAUAACAUGCUGCACUGCGACUGCCACCUGUCGUGGCUGGCCCGCUUCCUGCGGCGUGCACCGCGCCUCGCCGUUCACGCCCGCUGCUUCUCGCCCAACCAGGUCAAGGGCCACGCCAUCGCCACGCUACACGACCACGACUUCAAGUGCUCUGGCCUGGUGGAGCGACCCAGUGGCGAGUGUUCAGCGGAGCCGCAGUGCUCGCACCCGUGCCGCUGCGCCGACGCCAUCGUGGACUGCAAGGACAAGGCGCUAGCCCGCCUGCCCGACCAGCUGCCGGACUCCACGGCCGAGCUGCGGCUGGAGCAGAAUGCCAUCACGGAUAUCCCACACAAGGCAUUCGCACCCUACAAAAGGCUGAGUCGCAUAGACCUCAGCAAGAACCAGAUCAGCAAGAUAGCAGCGGACGCAUUCUUGGGGCUCAAAUCAUUGACGUCGUUAACGCUAUAUGGCAACAAGAUAAAGGAUCUUCCAGCAGGCAUUUUCCAUGGUCUGUCUUCACUACAACUUCUGUUGCUGAAUGCCAAUGAAAUUUCAUGUAUUCGUAAGGAUACAUUCAGGGACCUACACAGCCUAAAUCUUCUGUCUCUGUAUGACAACAACAUCCAGUCAUUGGCCAAUGGAACUUUUGACUCAUUAAAGAGCAUUCAAACACUGCACUUGGCUCGGAAUCCAUUUAUAUGCGACUGCAACCUGCGAUGGCUGGCUGAGUACCUGCACCGUAACCCCAUUGAAACAUCUGGAGCCCGCUGUGAUUCUCCAAAGCGCAUGCAGAGGAGACGCAUUGAAUCUCUCAGAGAUGAGAAGUUCAAAUGUAAGGGUGUAGAAGAAUACCGGACACGGUUAGCAGGUGAAUGUCUCAUUGACACUGAAUGCCCUGCUGGGUGUUCUUGCGAUGGGACCCUUGUUGACUGCUCAGGAAGAGGUCUCUCAGAAAUUCCUAAAGACAUUCCAAUGUACACCACAGAACUGUUGCUGAAUGAUAAUGUAAUCGGUCGAAUAAAAUCUGAUGGGUUAUUUGGUCGAUUACCAAAUUUAUUGAAAAUUGACCUGAGAAGAAACCGAAUAACAGGAAUCGAAGAAAACGCUUUUGAGGGCACAGCACGGUUAACAGAGUUGUUGUUGUCAGAAAACAAAAUUAGAGAAGUUCAUAACAAAAUGUUUACUGGCCUCAACAGUCUUAAAAUUCUGUCUCUGUAUGACAACCAGAUAACAUGUGUGAUGCCUGGCUCAUUUGAUUUCCUCACAUCACUCCAUACUCUAAAUCUGCUGUCAAACCCGUUCAACUGCAAUUGUCAUUUGGCAUGGUUUGCGGAGUGGUUAAGGAAGCGAGAUCUAAGCACAGGCAGUCCCAGGUGCCAGUUGCCACUGCGUGUAAAAGAUGUCCCUGUUCAUGAACUGCCACAGCACGAAUUUAAAUGUACUAGUGAUAAUGAUCAAGGCUGCCUUGGAGAUAACUAUUGCCCCCCCAAAUGCUCUUGUACUGGUACAGUUGUGCGUUGCAGCAGGGUGAAGCUAAAGGAAAUUCCCAAAGGCAUUCCACCAGAGACUUCAGAGCUGUAUUUGGAUGUCAAUGAAAUUCAAAUGAUUCACAGAGAACGGCUGAGUCAUCUAAAAUCACUGACCAGAUUGGACCUGAGUAACAAUCAGAUACAAAUUUUGGCAAAUUACAGUUUUGUCAACCUGACUAAACUGUCUACCCUUAUCAUCAGUUACAAUAAAUUGCAGUGUAUAGAGAGAGAUGCCCUAGCUGGUCUCAAGUCCUUACGAAUCAUAUCACUUCAUGGUAAUGACAUAUCAAUGGUUCCAGAAGGCUCAUUUAUUGAUCUGCAGUCAAUUACCCACUUGGCCCUAGGAGCAAAUCCUUUCUACUGUGACUGUAAAAUGAAAUGGUUAGCUGAAUGGGUAAAAAGAGAUUAUGUGGAACCAGGAAUUGCACGCUGUGCUGAACCACCAUCUAUGAAGGAUAAAUUAUUAUUGACAACACCAGCAUCAUCAUUCCAGUGCAAAGGUCAUGUAAGCCCACAGAUUUUAUCUAAAUGUGAUGCCUGUUUCACAUUCCCAUGUGUCAACAAUGGAGUAUGCCAGCCAUUACCUCAGAGACAAUACAAAUGCCGGUGCACACCUGGCUAUCAUGGGAAGCAUUGUGAAUACAUGAUAGAUGCAUGUUAUGGUAAUCCCUGCAGGAAUUCCGGUACCUGCAAAGUACUUGAGGAGGGACGCUUCAGCUGCCAUUGUUCUCCUGGAUUCACUGGUGACAGAUGUGAGAGCAACAUCGAUGACUGCAUCAAUAACAAAUGCGAAAAUAAUGCAACCUGUAUUGAUCUGGUUCAGGCCUAUGAAUGUCGCUGUACACAGGGUUUUAUGGGAGAGUAUUGUGAAACAAAAAUACCAUUCUGCACAAAAGAAUACAAUCCUUGUCGUAACGGAGCCAGGUGUGUUGACCAUUUUACACACUAUAAAUGUGAAUGUGCUCCUGGAUUCAGUGGAGAAAACUGCACUGUAAAUGUUGAUGAUUGUGUUAACAACAUGUGUCAGAAUGGUGGAGUAUGUGUGGAUGGAGUUAAUGACUACACGUGCAAAUGUCCAGGAGAUUUCACAGGGAAAUUCUGUGAAGUUGCUCCAAUGGUUGCAAUGAUGUAUCCAAAAACUUCACCAUGUCAACACCAUGACUGCAAAAAUGGGAUCUGCUUCCAACCAAUGGACUCCAAUGAUUACGUAUGCCGAUGUGCACCUGGUUAUACAGGGAAAAGAUGUGAAUACUUGACAAGUCUGAGUUUUGUGCACAAUAAUUCUUUUGUGGAGCUUGAGCCUCUCCGGACCAAACCAGAAGCAAAUGUAACAAUAGUAUUUUCUACAGAACAAGAAAAUGGCAUUCUUUUGUAUGAUGGACAAUCAGAACAUCUGGCAGUAGAACUGUUUAAUGGAAGAAUAAGAGUGAGCUAUGAUGUUGGAAACUACCCUGUGUCUACAAUGUAUAGCUUUGAAAUGGUAUCUGAUGGUAAAUACCACACAGCUGAACUGCUUGCUAUCAAGAAAAAUUUUACAUUAAGAGUAGACAGAGGCCUUGCUCGUAGCAUAAUCAAUGAAGGUGAACAUGAAUACUUGCGACUUACUUCACCUCUGUUCAUUGGUGGAAUUCCUCCAGAACCUGGUGAAGAAGCUUUUACACAUUGGCAUCUCCGCAAUCUGACAAGUUUCAAUGGUUGCAUGAGAGAACUCUGGAUAAACCAUAAGCCAGUUGACUUUGUUAAUGCUGCUCGUCAGCAGAAAGUAAAUCCUGGUUGCUCUUUGAUGCAAGAAGAACCAGUUGAGGAUAGGGGUCUAGCUGAUGAUGACGAUGAUGAAGAGAGUGAGGAAGAUGAAGUGGAUGCCUGCCUGAAUAAUCAAUGUCGUAGAGGUAGCAAAUGUAUUCCAAAGAAGAACGGCGAGUAUACAUGUCGUUGUCGACCAGGUUGGGGUGGUCGUUACUGUGAACAAGGUGAGCUGCCUCAAGCUGUUACUGCUCCAACCUGUCGGAAAGAACAAACUCGAGAGUAUUACACCGAGAAUGGCUGCAGGUCACGCAAGCCUGUGAAACUUGCCAAAUGUGAGGGCACUUGCGGCUACAAUUGCUGUCGUGCAAGGAAAACAAAGCGGCGCAAAGUUCGCCUAAUAUGCAACGAUGGAACACGCUAUACGACGGAUGUUGAUAUUGUGCGAAAGUGCGCCUGCACAAGGAAGUGCUACUGACUAUCCGGCCCCUCCUACACUCAACAUGUAGCCCUGCCUGCGCAACACGACACAGUCGACUCUACCACACAACGGUCAUUCACCUCUCAUCCUGAGGAAAGUUAUACUAUGUGCAUCAUCAAAAUUACUAUUUUCUAUUUUGUAAAUAUUUCCAUCUUCAGUGCACUAUUUAUUAUUAUUUCAUGGUCUCUCUGUAUUUGUUUAUUUCUAUUGCUCCCAUAAUGCCUACAAAUACUUUCCUUACUGAUGCAACCUCAUCUAAAGACAAUGAAUUUGAACUUUUUGUGUGGUCAUAAUAGGACUAAGUUGUUUUAUUUAUAUUUUGUGUCGUCUGCUUGCGUAUGGAUGGAGAUAGGAGGGGCCUCGAAAUCGAGAUGAGCUGACAGCUUAAUCAGAAGAUGUGGCUCAGUGCAUAGUUUCUCCCCUGUUUAAUAAAAUACUGUAUAUACAACAAACAUUUUCUGCAGGAUUUCAUGAAAUCACAAAUCAUUAAACCCAAAAUGGACUUUGUAUGUACCUGUCAUUUUGCAGUGCCCGUGCAGCAUUUUAUUUUAUUAUUUGUGUUACACUGAAUCUGUAACAUGUACAUUAGGGUAUUGGAAGAUGAAACUCGUCGUGUUGUGCAUAUUAGUUUCUUUGUUUAGUGUUUUCAAAUGAAAGACUUGUAUUUAUGUAAAGAAUGACCUGUACAAUUUAACCUACAGCUUUCAAUUUGCUGUCAUGUUACCACACAAAUGUGUAAUACAGACAUAACAGAUUCACACGGAUGAUAGUUUUAAUACAUGUGAUUAUAUUUAUUAUGACACAGUUCAUUUUUAUGUAAAUAAAUGAAGCUUAUUAGACAUUAGAAAAUACUUUCUAUAUGGACACUGGCUGCUGAUAGAUUAUCAUCAGUGAAAGAGCUUGUGCUUAUUGUUAAUUAUCAUGUAUACAGUAUUUGAUGUCCUAAUUUAAAAAUAGUGAGCUGUAAUAUUUUUUGUUUGAUUGCUAUAUUUCUCUGAAAUGGAGGAUAAGCUUUCCAUUAUACUGUAUAAUGUUUCAUGAGAACUACCAUGUACUGCAUUUUACACUGACAUCUUGACUGCUGGUAAUGUUCAACACUGGAGGUUUGUAAUUACCGAGUGUUCUUGCUAACAUGUAAUACAUAUUACCAACUAGUGUCUGAAUCUCUUUUGACCAAACUGUUGUAGAAAACAAGAAUUGUAUAAUUUUUAAAUAUACCUCCUAAGACUUCCUGUACACCAAAUAUGUUUAAAGUGUUGUAAAUAAAAGUCACAACUAAUAA